AUGUUCUCUCACGUCGGAGACAUCUCACGCUUUGGCUACCAUACCACACAGGAGACUCAGGCGGAGUUGACGCCAAUUUCUGCCCAGGAAGCCCAAUCAAUUCAGAACUUGAUUGGGAACAGUGACCAAGAUACCGAUGCUGCCUGCUUUGAACACCUCGAAGUCGGCAUCGAAAACUAUUUUGAGGUCCGAAGCCACAUCUUAGCUAUUCUCCUGGUCUGGGACGCUAUGAUUGACGAGAAAAACUGCUACGACACCCACGGUCCAGCAAAGAGGAGCUACGCCUUCAUGAAAGCAUCUCUCAUCACUAUGGAAACGAUCCCGGAGAGAGUGUGCAUCGGUUCUCUCGAUCCGAAACCUACCGCCUGCCACCUGCCGACUAUCCCCACGACGAUGAGUCUGAGUAAAGCCAGCUUUUCGAGUUUCCUCCAGCAAGAGGAACUAUUGAGGUCAAAGGACGUCGUCCGUGAUCCGCAGGAGCUCGGCCAGGCCAGUGUGCCUGUCGAACAGAUAGGACGGAAGCGGAAGCAUUUUGAGGCUUGUGAUGAUGAAGACGAAAGCGAUAAAACACCAGCGAGGGUUAAGAGGAGAUUCACGUAG